AUGUCAGGUGGCGGGUGUAGCAUAGUCUGGUUCAGAAGAGAUCUGAGAGUAGAGGAUAACCCGGCACUGAGUGCUGGAGUGAGAGCAGGUGCUGUGGUUGCAGUGUUCAUAUGGGCACCUGAGGAGGAAGGUCACUACUACCCAGGCAGGGUCUCCAGGUGGUGGCUUAAGCACAGUCUGGCUCACCUUGAUUCCUCUUUGAGAAGCCUUGGCACUUCUCUCGUCACCAAGAAAUCCACCGACUCCAUUUCUUCUCUACUCGAGGUUGUCAAGUCCACUGGUGCUACUCAACUCUUCUUCAACCACUUAUAUGAUCCUUUGUCACUUGUUAGAGAUCACCGGGCAAAGGAGGUUUUAAGUGCACAAGGGAUAGCUGUACACUCCUUCAAUUCGGAUUUGCUGUAUGAACCGUGGGAUGUUAAGGAUGCCCAUGGCCGCCCCUUCACAACUUUCGCCUCCUUUUGGGAAAGAUGCCUUAGCAUGCCUUAUGAUCCGGAGGCACCACUUCUCCCACCUAAGAAGAUAAUUUCAGGUGAUGUAUCAAGGUGCCCAUCACAUGCAUUAGCAUUUGAAGACGACUCAGAGAAGGGAAGCAAUGCACUUCUUGCUCGAGCAUGGUCACCAGGGUGGAGCAAUGCUGAUAAGGCUUUGACUAUAUUCAUCAAUGGACCAUUAAUUGAGUAUUCUAAAAAUCGCAGGAAAGCCGAUAGCAUCACAACCUCAUUUCUCUCUCCCCACUUGCAUUUUGGGGAGGUGAGUGUACGGAAAGUGUUUCAUCUUGUCCGUAUCAAGCAGGUUCUCUGGGCCAAUGUAGGAAACAAGGCUGGUGAAGAAAGUGUCAACUUAUUUCUGAAAUCUAUUGGACUUAGAGAAUAUUCAAGAUACUUGAGUUUUAACCAUCCGUACAGUCAUGAAAGGCCACUUCUUGUGCACCUCAAGUACUUCCCUUGGGUUGUGAAUGAAGGUUACUUUAAAGCUUGGAGACAAGGUAGAACUGGCUAUCCAUUGGUGGAUGCUGGGAUGAGAGAGUUAUGGGCCACUGGAUGGUUGCAUGAUCGGAUACGAGUGGUGGUUUCUAGUUUCUUUGUGAAGGUUCUUCAACUUCCUUGGAGAUGGGGAAUGAAGUAUUUCUGGGAUACACUCUUAGAUGCAGAUCUUGAGAGUGACGCUCUUGGAUGGCAGUAUAUAUCUGGUACUCUCCCCGAUGGCCGUGAGCUUGACCGGAUAGAUAAUCCACAGUUUCAGGGUUACAAGUUCGAUACUAAUGGAGAAUAUGUACGACGUUGGCUUCCUGAACUAGCCAGGCUACCAACUGAAUGGAUACACCACCCAUGGAAUGCACCAGAAUCCGUCCUUGAAGCCGCUGGAAUUGAGCUGGGUUCAAAUUAUCCUCUUCCCAUUGUACAGAUAGAUGCAGCAAAAGCCAGAUUGCAAGAAGCACUAUUGGAGAUGUGGCGGCAAGAAGCAGCCUCAAGAGCUGCAAUUGAAAAUGGAACCGAGGAAGGGCUUGGUGACUCCACUGAUUCUGCCCCAAUUGCCUUUCCUCAAGAUAUACUUAUGGAGGAAAAUCAUGAGCCAGUGAGAAGCAGCCCCCAUGCUACAGUUCACCGCUACGAGGAUCAGAUGGUUCCAAGCAUGACUUCUUCUUUGGUGAGAGUGGAAGAGGAAGAACCUUCUUCAGAUCUUCGAGUGGCCGUAGAUAUCAGAGGUCAAGUGCCAACAAAUGUAAAUGUAAAUCAAGAAGCAAUGAGGAACUCGUUAAACCAAGUGGUUCUUCAGACCGUUCGAAGAGACAAUCUGGCGCAAUUUGAUCCUUCAAUAGUGUUCCAGAGUGCUUCUGAAGCUUCCACAGCAGAAUCUUCUAGUAGUAGUAAGCGAGAAAGGGAUGGAGGUGUUGUUCCAGUUUGGUCUCCUUCAACUUCUAGCUACUCAGAGCAGUUUGUGGGUGAUGAAAAUGGCAUGGGAAAUAGUUCAUCGUACUUGCAGAGGCAUCCUCAGUCUCACCAAAUAGUUAAUUGGAGACGGCUAUCUCAAACCGGGUAAGAGCUUUUGAAGCGUUUGUAUUAUCAAAUACAAUUUUCAUUUCCAUUUUGAACAUG